AUGCAGGUGACCUCAGCGAGGUUUAUCUUCUGCUCUUUGGGAAUAUUUAUUUGCUACUUUUACUACGGUAUCAUACAGGAAAAAAUAACAAGAAGUACUUAUGGUCUGGAGAAGGAGCCAUUUCUAUAUCCACAAUCAUUGGUUUUCGUGCAGUGUGUUGUUAAUUCCAUAUUCGCCAGAGUUGUUAUGUCUGUCUCAGCCGAGGCACUGGACAACACUCCGACUUUCCUAUAUGCAGCUUGCGCCUUUAGCUACCUCGCUGCUAUGAUCUCGAGCAAUCACGCCCUGCAGUUUGUCUCAUAUCCAACGCAGGUUAUCAGUAAGUCCUGCAAACCGAUUCCGAUUAUGCUACUGGGCAUUUUGCUCUUCAGAAAAGUGUACCCCUGGACAAAAUAUCUCUUUGUGACAAUGAUUGUUUGCGGGGUGUCCAUGUUUCUUUACCGAGCUAAAGAUGUGCCUGUUGUACCGUCCAGUGGCAUUGGAUUUGGCGAAGUUCUUUUGGUUUUCUCGCUAGCGAUGGAUGGAACAACGGGGGCGAUUCAAGAUAAAAUUAGAGCUCGUUAUGAAUGUAGCUCUAAUCGUAUGAUGCUGCACAUGAACUUGUGGUCUUUAGUAUUUUCCGUAAUAGGUUUAUUACUGAGUGGCGAAAUUUUUUCCUUUUAUUUAUUCGUGAAAAGGUUCCCGAACCUGCUGUUUGAUCUGGCUUCUUAUUCAGUAGCUAGUGCUCUUGGUCAGUACUUCAUAUUCAUGACCGUUUCGCAAUUUGGUCCUCUCACCUGUUCUGUUCUCACCACUACAAGAAAAUUCUUCACCAUCCUGGCGUCGGUCAUAUAUUUUCGUAAUCCGCUGACCCUUAGUCAGUGGUUAGGUGCCAUCAUGGUCUUCGCUGGAUUAACGCUAGACAGUGGUUAUGGAAAGAUGCGUAGACAUGAACCUACAGCAUAA